UCCACUGGGCUGAACGUCACUCAUCUUCACUUGAGCUCGUUUGUGCACUCGAUAUUUACAAGUGCAGACUUUAGAUACUGUCAAGAUUGGCAUUACACAACAGUGUGUUUGCGUGCGCGGACAUACUAAAAGGUGGUACUUCCAUGCCGUGAAUGACAGUCGGAGCUUUGGACACCGCGGAAACGCAAAGAGAUCGUAACUAUAUCUCGACUCCAGCGGACGGACGGUCAGCCAUGACAACCUCCACCGAAGUCAGCGAGACAGCACGGACUGGGACCAAGCCCUUCAUCGGCGGCGUGGUCGAAGGAUUUUAUGGCCGACCCUGGACCAUGGAACAAAGAACAAAGCUGUUCAAAAGUGAACAGAAGUGGGGGUUGAAUACAUACCUGUAUGCCCCUAAAGACGACUACAAACACCGCAUGUACUGGCGAGACCUUUACUCCCCCGAGGAGGCAGAGCAACUCAUCGCACUGAUAUCAGCAGCGAAGAAGCACAAUAUUGACUUCAUCUAUGCAAUCUCUCCUGGCCUGGAUGUCACCUUUUCUAACCGCAAAGAGGUGGCUGCCCUAAAGAGGAAGCUGGAUCAGGUUAGAGACUUUGGCUGCAGCUCCUUCUCGUUACUGUUUGACGACAUCGAGACGGAGAUGUGUCCUGCCGACAAGCAGGCGUUCAGCUCCUUCGGCCACGCGCAGGUGGCCAUCACCAAUGAGGUGUACCGGCAUUUGGGGGAACCUGAGACCUUCCUCUUCUGUCCCACAGAUUAUUGUGCUGCCUUCUGCAGCCCAAACGUGUUUCAGUCAUCUUACCUUCACACUGUGGGAGACGAGCUGCUACCGGGGAUAGAUGUGCUGUGGACGGGUCCAAAAGUGGUAUCCCAUAAAAUAUCAGUGGAGUCCAUAGAAGAGGUGUCCUCCAUCCUCAAGAGGGCGCCAGUCAUCUGGGACAAUAUCCACGCCAACGACUAUGACCCACAAAGAAUUUUCAUGGGACCCUAUAAGGAUCGUCCAACUGAGCUGAUCCCCAAACUGAGAGGUGUGCUCACUAAUCCCAACUGUGAGUUUUAUCCGAACUUUGUGCCAAUCCACACCUUGGCUACGUGGUGCAAAGCUUCUGCUGCUGGUGCACCCAAGGAUGUGGAAAUGGGCGACGAAGAGCAGGACCCUGGCUAUAGCCCCCACAAAGCCCUGACGCUGGCCCUCACUGACUGGCUGGAGGAGUUUCUGUGCACAGAUCAGCCUACAGCUUGCUCCAAGAAGGAGUCGUGUGAUGAGGAGCCCAUGCAGACAGACCUCGAAGAACACUCAUACAUACCCGGACCGGGAGAAAACCCGCUUUACACAGCCGAGCCCCUGACCUUGGACGACCUGAAGCUGCUGUCCGACCUCUUCUACCUGCCCUAUGAACACGGGGCCACGGCCAAGACCAUGCUGCAUGAGCUGGACUGGCUCCAAUGCCACAGUCAAGCCGCCGCCCUCAAGACGGACCAGACUGCCGAGUGGUGUUCGAGAGCGCGACAGUUCGACGACAUGUGCGAAGCGGUAGUGCGAAUGUUCAACCGCCUGUCCAAUGUGCCCAACCGCCGGAUUCUGUAUGACCUCUACAACUACAUCUGUGACAUCAAGAGCGGCGUCAAUCUGGCUCAAGCCUACGUGAAAUCACUAGGAGGGCUUGGCAAACCAUCGGCCCAGCUAAUGAGUGCUGAUCCUGAACCGUGGGGAUUCCGAGGAGGCCUCUCAGGAGAGUUUCAGAGAAUGCUGCCUGGCCAUGGAAACAGAGACCUGUUCAAACAUCCGCCCAGGACGUCAGUGUACUGCAUUCGGCCCUACUGCGCAGAGGAUAAGAUGGACGUGCAGAGCAUUUUUGUGAAGAUGCAAAGAGAAAGACAAAUUAAAGCCCCUUCUGCGACAGAGGCCCCUCUUAUUAGUGAUAUACUGUCGACAGGUGAAAUUUCCCCAAGCCCUGAGUGUGCUCUUGUCCUGGAGGAUGACAUCGGGGUGUGUGGUUACAUGCUGGCACUCACAGAUGCCAAAGCAGCUGCAGCCUCCAUUCAGAGGGACACAAGCGACGGUGUAUUUGAGGACUUCCCUUCAUUAGUCACUGGACAAAUACUGCCCAGGGUCGCUGACCCCUCUCCGGCGAAGCGUAUGAUUGGACAGCUGUUGUCCACCAUCAGGACCUUUGGUUCCAGAGGAGUUUUGUGUGAGUUGAGACACAGUGACAGGAGAAUGCUUGACUUCUUCACUAAAAGUAGCUCCUUCCAACCCCUCAAAAUGGAUGCUCUGCCUCCAGAUGUUGUCGUCAUGGGAACAACCCUUUAAUCGCACUCGCUUAAGAAAUUUUGCGUUCAAACUUAAUUUGUCAUUUCAUUUAGUAGCAGUCAUCACCUGCUAUGAAAAUUGCAUUUACAUGCAUUACAUGAAAAUGUGUAAUACAUUGGAGACUUUUGAAGUACACGUAGAGCUGUUAACAUUAGUUUUCGUUUUUGUCUUAAUAAUAAAAGUGUUUAA